AUGAUGUUGAAAGUAGUAUUGUUGUUGUGUGUGUUGCUUCAUUGGUGGCCCAGCCCGGCCCACUCAAAAACUUAUAUUGUUGGAGGCUCUUCGGGCUGGAGCUACCAUGUAUCCGGCUGGGUAGAUAACAAGAGAUUCCACUCUGGUGACAUUCUAGUUUUCAGUUAUGUCCCACGCUAUGACAGUGUUGUAGCUGUGGACAAGUGGGGUUAUGAUAAUUGCACGUGGCCAGCAAAGGGCAAGACGUAUGAUUCUGGACUUGAUAAGAUAGUGCUAAGAAAAGGGCCUAAUUAUUUCGUAAGUGGGUAUUGGGGACGUUGUUACAAUGGAGAGAAGAUAGCUGCUAUUGCUGCUUAA